AUGCUCUUUGUUGAAUUCAUUGUUGAUUAUGCUACAAAUACUGAGUCUUCUCUCAUUUUGUUUUCGGGUGGUCGGCCCAUGGAGCUUCUUGAGGCUUCAGUAAUUCAGCAGUCUAUUGUACGAUGGAGAUGGAAGUCUCCGAAACUAGGAAAGCAGAAUUGGGGAGAUGAUGUGAGUUGGUACAUUGGAGACACAUCGGAGCUCUCUACUAUUCUACAGCCCAAGUUGAGGCUAUUAUUCGGAUUGAUUAUCUAUGUAUAA